AUGGCAACUGUUCGAUCAGCGGUUACAACGGUUAUCUUUGAAACGGCCACCCGGGGCGUAGAACACCAACCCAUCAACUUGUUCCUUGAGACGAUGACGCACGUGCUGCUGGAGCCCAUCUGCGCCCGCCUCAGCGAUGCCCUCUACGAGCAGACGUUCUCCUCCCUCGUCCAGCUCCUCCUCACCUACGGCGAACUGUCGGCAAGGGGCAUCUGCUAUGGGCUUAGCGUCUUCAAGGACAGCCACCGGAUUCAGCACGUGAACGUCUGCCGCUACUUCGAGCGAUUUGUGGUGCUCGACCAGUACGAGGGGGUGGCGGCGAAGCUGCUGGAGAGCGAGGACGAGAAGAUCAGAGCGGAGGUGGAGAGGUGGGUGGGCAAGACCUUCCCAUGGCAGCAGGAGCUCAUAGCCGAGGUUGGGGAAGACAUCCUAGCGAUGAUAGCUGGGGUGGUCGACAUACAAGACGACCGUGACGGGCAGGACUACGUGUACGCCUCAGAGGAGUUUAUCCACUACGAGAACAUCAUGAAGGGAUGGGCCUGGCAAGUGAAGGAGCUUCUGCUCCUGUGCCUGGUGCUGAAUAUGAACCGCACGGGCACUGCCGAGGAGCAGCACGAUCAGGAGAUGGUCGCCAUUGAAGUCCUCAGGAUCAUCGUCGGAUGGUAUUCAACCGGGCUCUGA